GUCCGUACCAAACGCUCCGCUUUUAACCGAGGACAGUCGAGAAGAGAUUUAACUGAGGUAAAGCUCCUUUAACAUUAUACAAUGUAUAUACAAAUAUUUUUUUUCGACUAAAUGAAGUCAGGAAAAAUACUGUUUUUAAAUAUUUUUAAGGUAGCACAGAGUAAACGCGACCGGCGGUUGAGAUCUGAAUGCCAUGUUAUGUUGUUGGAGGUGUUGUUCAUUGGUGUGUUUUAAAUACGAGUAGCCAAUAUAGAGUCCGUCAAAUAAGAAAAUUUAAUUCCAUUUCUUUCAUACUGCGAAUUGUAUAUAUUGUUGGCCUACGGUAUAAGGGUUGUUGAAAACACGUUUUUUGUCAGCAAGUUCGAUCUAUUCGUUUAAAAUCCUUUCAGAAGAGUGGCCUCUACACAGUAUAUAAAACUUCAAAAUAAUUUCGGUCUGUAGAACGUCAAAAACGGAAUGCAAUUUUUUAUAGGACAAAUGUUUACUGUUCCGACUAGCCACGUCUCUUUAAAACAUGACGAAAAUUCUACAAGCGUGGUAUACAGUUGCACUAACAGCGCCCACGUGUCAGACAAGGUCUCCAUGGCCAGCAAAGGAUACGAUCCCAUGGAAAACCCAAUCUUAGCACGAGAUUUAUCACGUGCAAGUUAAGAAGGGCUUUUCUGCCUUAGGCACAUCUUUUGGGCCAGUUAACUUUGUCAAUGGAGACAUUUUUGAUCCUAGGUAACCCGCGUAAGGCUCUAUUUACGCUUAGAACCAGCUGAGGCAAUGACUAGGCGUUUCGUAGACGAGCGAAAAUUUGCAGGAGCAGAAAACUACACCGGCAAAAUCCAUAAAUAAUCAGGUCGACGUCCGAUUUAGUCACAACCUCUUCCUUCAUUUGACUACCAUAAGUUAUGCCACUUGAAUCGUAAAUUGAAUUUUAAAAAAUCUUUCUGGUCUCGAAUUUUCUCGCUAAUUUUUCUUUUUCGGGAGUUAAAGUUCAAGAGAAAGAAAAAAAAAUCUUUUUACUGUAGCCUGUUUUGAUUUGCCGAAGAGUUUAAGGUCUCUACGUACCGUCAAAGUACACCGAGCAUUGCGUUGUGUUGUACCUCGCACGUGUACAAAUAAAAUCACACACCAUUGAGUUUUCUUCCUACCGGAAGCAAAAAAAAGACGAAAUCCGAUGAGCCAUCGGCUGUUGUUUUGAAUUAUAUUAAAAAAUUUCGACUGAUAUUUAAAACUUUAAUCGUGUUUCACUACUCAGCUUGAGGUACAAACAAGCAUCUAUUCGCCAUGGGUAAACGCUUGCCUCCUUUGAUGAGAGAAGCCGUUGCCGAAUUCUCUUCCACCUUCAUUUUGCUGGUGAGUAUUGUUAUUUCUUUUAGAACUUUUGAUAUUUCGUCUAGUUUCAUUCCCAUUAAUUUUCACCCUGCUUCUUUAAAGGUGGUAAUCAGACAAAAAGCGAAAUAAGAAAUUCAACAGUUUCAUGUCGUCAUGUCAUGUCUGACAUCAAGUCAAUUAUUGCUAAAGACAACAUGUCAAAAUUUGUUAACAUUAUCUUCUUUUAAAAAUUUCAUUUGUCAAUAGAGGAAGGUUAUUCUCUGCAGGCGGUCUAACUUUUUUCUCUAGCGAAAGAAUACACUUGAGCGCAUCGCACGGCAAACGAGGGCGGUAGCACGAGAAGAACGCGUUAUGAGAGGAAGCGGGAGGGAACGAGAGAAUUAGGGGGAAUCGUGAAUUCACUACUACAUCUUUUCGCCCCCCUGAACGGGAACGCAGAUUCCGGAAUCUGGGAAAUAUAUGAAUAGUGAAUGCGGAAUCUAGGAAAUUUGCGUUGUGUAAUGCGGAAUCCUGAGCUCUGGAAUCCGGAAUAAAGCUCAACGAAUCCGGAAUCCCUCUUAUGAUUGGAAUCCUACCAUUCCUGUUAUGUUAAAAAAAUAGAUGUCGAUUCAUUUUGUGGUAGUACAGUUAAACCUCACUGUUUCACGGGAACAAAGUUAAUUGCCCUUAUUACAAAGGUGUGCGUAUUAUCAAAAGAUAUAUUAUGCAGAAUAGGCGUUUUUGUUUUUGUUUUGUUUUGUUUGUUUUCCUUGCUUUUUUUUUAACUAAACCUCAGAGUUUGUUUACAUAUGUUCUCUUUCAGAUAUUUGGCGCUGGUUCAGUGGCUCAAAUGGUCCUUAGCGAGUGGAAAUUUGGGAAUUUUUUCUCUGUUAACUUCAGCUGGGGAAUUGGAGUAGCCAUUGGUUGCUACUGGGCAGGAGGCGUAUCAGGUGUAUUAUCUCAAUUAUCCAGUGCCAAGGAUCUUGGCAGGUUUUUAGGGCCGUCAGCAUUCAGAAAUGUUUAUCCUUUACUUAGACAUACGUGACUAGAGUAUCGAUUUUCAUCGAUUGGUGAAACCAAUCGAUAUUAAUCGAUUAAUUUUAUCGAUCAUUGGUUUCCGAUGAUCGAUUUUCGUUUAUUGGAAACGUCGGACAUUCAUAGCGUUGGCCCCUACUCAUUGCUUUGUAUCGAUUUUUACUGAUUUUCAUCCAUUUUAUCGAUUUUUAUCAGCUUUGAUAAAUGAAGGGAUGUAAGUUGGCUACCACGGGUGCCAUUUACAGUAAGGACGGGUAAAUCUUUUUUCCUCGAGACAACAUACUCGCGAUGAUACUCACAACGCAUGUUCACGAAUCAUGGGUUUCAACUUAUGAAAAUUUUCGAAGACACGUUCAAUCAAGUUAUUUUUGGAUAGUUCGACACAUUUAGAGGAAAAGUAGCAAUUUAAGGACUGAUCCUUUUUUGGAUUAAGCGUUAAAGCGUGGUCAUGUUAAAAUGGCGCUUGCGACUUAGUUUUAAUUAACUCCCACGAGGACAUUUUUUAAGUAUAUAUAAUUAUGCGAUCAAGCAGCAUUAGAGUCAAAACUAACACCCUAAAGAUAGAGCAGAAUAUGUAGCCAGGUUUUCUUCUUUUUUUGACUCUCGGAGUCUACAGUGUUCAAGAGUGUACAAAAAGCAAUUUACGGUGUACGGAAUAAACCUGUAUGCGAGUUCAAAAACUAGUUCGUAACGACUCUUCUACAAUCCACGUUCAAUAUUAUUACUAAUGCGUAGCUCAAACGUAUCUGGAACCAUUUUUAAACGAUUACCAUCGAUAAAAAUCGAUUUCCGAUAUAAAUCAAUUAGUAAUCGAUUUGGUCGAUUAUCGAAUUUCAUCGAUUUGGAGUGUCCUUCUUAGAGCUCUCUCCGCCGAAGGGGCCCCCGCUGGGUACCCCAUUAAAAGUAGCAAAAAUCGUUAAACAGCGAUCGCGCGGGCUUUGUUUGUUCCCUCUCCCCAGCUGAGAGAUUUUCGCUUCAAGGACUGAUUCUUCGUAGUUUUGUUCAUUAAGUGCAGUAAAGUCUAGGCAAUUUUCUUAUUAAUCCUUAAUUAGUUUUUAUUAAAAUUGAUAACUGAUACUUAGACGAAGUCCAUUGCACGGGCACUGAUCCACAGUAUUCUGUUAUGCAAUGAUUCGCAGGGGCUCACAUGAAUCCCGCUGUUACACUGGCUUUUGCCGUCGUCAGGAGAUUACCAUGGAGGAAAGUUCCCGUAUAUUGGACGGCGCAGAUGCUGGGGGCAUUUGUGGCUUCAGCGUGUGUUUAUGGCGUCUACUACGGUGAGUAAACGCGAGAGUUGAAUUGAGUUGCUUCCUAGUAAAACAAAUCUCGCACACUCUAUCUCUGUGUAUUCGCGCAGCCAAUUUAAUUUAGAUCUUAGUUGUUCCCCUAUGUCACUUUUAUACCAUUUGUAUACCUUAUGAUCUGGCUGAGAGACCGAAUACUUUUUAUCGUCCACUAACUCUGAGAUAGAUACGGCUGAGGCUGGAAUUAAGUUUCCUCAUUAGAAAUGUUUUCGUAAGGUUAAACCACGACUAAAGACUGGCAGGAACCAUUUUCUCCUAACGCUUCAUCCAUUCGAAAUACAAAGUAGGUAAGCUUAAUUAUUUUUUUUUUAGAUGCUUUGAACGCAUUUGAUGGCGGUGUCCGUCAGAUAAUGGGUCCAAAGGGCACGGCAGGGAUCUGGGCUACAUAUCCACAGCCAUAUUUAUCCACCUGGAAUGGCCUUGGAGAUCAGGUAAACAAAAUUAUUGGUCCAGAGCUUCGACAGGAAAACCCAGUUGAAGUGUCCGGAGCAUAAUAAACAGUAAGCUAAUAAACAGUUUCCCGAAAAGUUGUCAAGUCUAAUUCGGUAUUGGUUAGAAAAAGUAGUGAAUUUGUUUUAGAGUGAGUCUAGAAUCGAGAAGUUCUUAGCUAAAGAUAAUCAAAGCUAAAACGUGUCUUCGCACCAGUGGCCCCUUGUGCGAAAUGAUCACACCUUGAUAUGGAGGGUAAACAUUUUGGUGGGACCUUGAAAAGAAAGGAUGUCAGCUUUUUGAAUGAUGUAAUAUCUCUUUGGUUUUCCUUCCCCACUGUGUCGUUUGCCAUCCAGCAAGGUGCUUUUGACGGUUCAUGUAAAGGGCCCAUUGAAUUACAAAAAAAGAGAGAAUACUUUAGGCAAUUGUUUUCAGAUGCUGCGGAUGGCAAAGAUGAACAUGGGCUGAAACUUGGAAAAACUUGGCCACUUUGUUCAAGUUUAAAGAUGGCUCCUUGUUCAAGUUUAUAGCUGGCUCCGUUAUUAAAAAAAGGCUCAUUUGCCACCAGUAAAAUUGGAGUAUUUUAUAUUUUUGCUUAAUGAAAGCUGUAGUUCUUUUCAAAGUUUCGUUACCAUCGACCUUAAAACCGAAAAAAGCUAUGACAAAAAGGUUCGUCAUAAUUUCAUGCGCCUUUUAGGAAACGCAGCCACCUUCCAGAUGUUAUGCAAGCUAAAAAAAGUGUAAUUAUGAUUAGUGCGCCCUGAUAAAAUUUGUUAGAGUUCUCUUGACUGACAUGAGAAUUUUAGUGUAUGGUUUCAGGCACUUGUUAACGAAUUCAACACCGAAUUUCCCCAAAACAACGUCCUCGUGACAAAGACGCUUUAAUCAUAGAAGACACGCCCAGAAAAAAUAUGUAUAUGUAUCCAAUCGUUACUUUAAUUGUUAGGUGCUUGGCUCAGCGUUGCUUGUUGGCUGCGUGUUUGCUAUCAUCGACAAGAACAACAAUUCUCCUGACAAAGGCGUCACGCCCAUCAUGAUCGGACUAGUGGUGUUUGUUAUCGGCGCUACUUUUGGGUUCAAUUGCGGUUACGCCAUCAAUCCCGCCAGGGAUCUGGGACCAAGGGUAUUUACGGCGGUUGCAGGGUGGGGCUGGGGAGUGUUCACGUGAGUAUUUUCAAUGAACAAUGUAUGUUGCAGAAUAAGAACUUAGUAAAAUAUCACUCAUGCACUGUGAGGUCAUAUCUAAUGAAAAAUGAAAAGAGGUAUCCAUCCUCCACACUUAAAUUAGUGACUGGAAUGACGUCAAAAUCUUCAAAGCCCAAGUUGUACAUUCUGCAUUACUUAUCUACAUGCAGACAAUGGGCUUUUUUCUCCUUUACUACUACUACUAAUAAUAAUAAUGACGAUGAUGAUGAUGAUAAUGGGAUAUCAAAAAAAUGUCUUUACCAUUAUCUUAGUAGCAUGAGUGGCAGGCUUCGACAGGGGCGUAUAAUGGCUUGCUUACCCCCUCCCCCUCCCCUUUUACCUUUCACGCCUGCCACGCAGUCCAUGCUGUCAUAGAUAAUUGUUCUAGCCUAAAAAAUGCGUGAUAAAUUACUCAGUUGUUACAAAAUAUGUUCAUUAUCUUCUUCUUUUUGAAAAACAUAAAAAAGUAUCAAAAGCAAGCAAUUUAAUUUUCAAGUAACUUUGAUAAAAAUCUUAUAGACGGACUUAACUCCACAGGGCUGCAAAUAACUGGUCUUGGGUACCUGUGGUAGGCUGCCUUUUGGGUGGAGUGCUUGGUGCCUUAAUCUACAUUGGAUUAAUUGAGAUGCAUCAUGAUUCAGAAGACGAUAGGGAGACUGGGUACGAUCUUGAGAGAAUUGUUAUAACCACACCUGACUUCAAGGCUCAAGCAAACGACAUAGGAAACGGAAAUUUGGCCUUUGGUGACGGAAUACCAAUGGCAUCUACGUAAUCUGUCCAUAAAGAGUUAUCCCACGAAGACGAAAUUGGUAUCGUGAGAUAACAACAUUAACUGAGUCUGAAUAGAACUAUAUUUUACUACUCAGAAUUACUCAGAUAGUAAUCAUAGAGGACGAGAACCAAAUGAUGAUAUGCCUUAUUUUUGCGCUUGCAAGCGAUUCAACGGUAACGCAUAAGCGAAGCAAUGCGAUGAUCUUCCUUUCUGUAUAAAACUGUUGCUUGUAUUUUUCGCGUGAUAAAUAUAAUCCAGUUUUAAUGUUUUUUUUUCUUAAUUUUUUCGCAACUUCGAUUCCGUGCUUUCAACCCCUUUCUGUCAAACGCGGCC